AGCACCUGGCGCUGACGCCGUCCGACAAGCGCGGGAAGGCGCAGCAGGCGCUGGCGGGCGACAGGACCUUCGUGCAGCGCGCCCUGCAGCAGGCGGCCGAACCCCUGGACGUGAGCGAGGCCAGGGAGCGCAGGGCGGAGGAGCGCCAGUGGGCCGGACCUUCCUGCGGCGGGCGGCGGGCCACUUCGACCGCGUGGCGCGGCGCAUCCGGCUGCCCGGCGGCAUCCACGGCGGCACUGUCGUGGGCGUGGACAUCGCGCCAGGGCAGGACCACCUCAUGGUGAAGCUCUUCGCGUACCUUCUCCACGACAGCCCGCGGCGGCGCGGCAGGUGAACAAGGCGAAGGCUCUGGCCCCCAAGGGAUCCUCGUCCGGGAGCUCCAGGCCGUUGGACGCGUCCCCGAGGGCGGGCGCCCCCGCGGCGGCGAAGCCGACCUCCGCCGGCGGCGAGCCCGUCACGCCCUUGAGGAUGAGGGAGGCCAGGCUCAGCGGGGACGCGGGCUCCCGGCGCGGCUCGGCGGAGAUGCGCGCGGUGGUCUCCGGGGAGUCGCUGGAGAGGGCCCGGAAGCGCCUCUUCGGCGAGCUGCUGCGGGGGGCCGUGCAGUACGUCACAGACCGUUCGGCCCUCGCGCGCCGCCGGGCCCUCGCGGGCGGGAGGGCCGAGGGCACGCCGGCGGGCAGCAGCCCCGGCGGAGGCCUCGGGCCGGCGGAGGCGGAGGACCCCGCCGCCGCCCACGAGGCGCAGGCGUACGGCCGUCUCGGACCUGUGCCAGAGACGAGUCCCGUCGUGCUCUCGACGCCGGCGGAUGGGUCGCAGGCUACGCCGAAGGCAAGUGAUCCUCGGUUCGGCCCUGACGUGCAGUGGUCUGACCGCGCCGUGCGCGAGCGAUUGAAAGCGGCAUCGAUUGACAGCUUGCUCAUGACCAUGAGGCUGCGCUCCUGCGGGCAACCUCUGCCUUGGGUGAAGCUCGUCGCUGCGGACUGCGAGUUCCUGCGUCGCCAGGGCUUGGUGCCUCCCGCCAUGCCUGGCUUCUUCGACGCACCGCUGCAAUGGGCCGAACUGGUGGCUGAUCGCCAGAAAUGGGCCGACAUCGUGGGCAGCGUGCAUGUCUGCGAUUCCUGCCUGGACCGCGACUGCACCGCGUCCUCGGCCACGCCUCUCACAGUGAAGUGCCGGAUGUGUAGUGCUCGCUUCGCCUCCGCGCGCGCCCGCGCGUGCCAUGAGCGCAUCGCGCACAGGAUGACUACGAAGGCUAAGUGUUACCUCCACGGCACGGUUUGUCCAUGCUGCAAGGUGGAUUUCAGGCAGAAGAUCCGUCUGCUGGCGUACUUCCCGCCGAUCGCCCAUGGCGCGCAGGCGCUGCAGGUCACCAUGGGCCCGCUCAUCAUGGGCUGCCUGCUGGUGUGGCAGUACCUCAAGAGAAGGAUGCAGGGCAAGUGCGGCGGCGAGCUGCACAGCCACAUCUGGAAGUUCAUCUCCAAGGCAGAGGCCAGGGACAAGACGGGCCGCAUCGUGCAGUACGGCUGCAGGGCCAUCCAGGGCUUCAUGGAGCUCCUCGCCCCCGAGCACCCGCUGCAGACCUGGCGGAAGACCGUGGCCGAG